AGUUAUUUCCCUUGGGCCCAUUUACUGUUUAUUCAAUUUGUAUUUACAAAUCAUGAACGACAUUGAAAUUAUUGAGUUCUGCCCGCCACAUUCUAAUCGGAAAAACUUGUUUGUAUCUAAUAUACCGCUGUCAUUACCACCUGCUGAUAUCUACGAUAUUCUUUAUGAGAAAUUUUCUGCAUUUGGUCUUCUCUAUGAAAUUCAACUAUUCUCCAAUACAAAUCAGCAACCAGUACAGUAUGAACACAUGUCACACGCUGGGAAGAAUGACUCUGUUUCCAAUAAUAAUAAUGCCUAUGCCUUUGUGAAGUAUUAUUCUAUCAGAGCAAGUCAAAGUGCUCGGAGGAAUCUAAACUGUAACUUAUAUAUUGGUGGACAACAAUGCAAGAUUGUAACUGCCAAGAGAAAAAAUAUAUUUGCCUUAGAGUACCUUUCUUUGAAUAAAUGUUAUGAUGUGGCAAAUUUCUACUUUGGCUUUAAUGGCUGGACAACAAAUAUUAAACUGUUAAAACAGGAUACAUAUGAAAUGGAUACCAAUUCAACAAUAUGUAAAGUUUGUUUCUGUUCCCUUUCAACUGUAUCGUUACCAUUCCAUAGAAUCACAUCAGAGGGAUUUGGAGCAUGGGAAGAAACUUGGAACCAAAAUGAUCCUUUACAAAAACUCACAGCAUAUCACAAAGCACGGAAAAUCUGUUAUCAACGAUCUAUUGUAAAUGCUUUCUCGAAAAUUCUUGUGUUAGUGCUGCCAAAUGGAAAGAUUUGUGCUGAAUUAAACACUUCUAAACCUGAUAUCUACUGUGGAGAGACAUUUGAAACAAAUUUACUUGAGAUUAAUGAGCUCGACCAAGAACCUGAGGAUGAUGGUAAUGAGGAAAACACAAUACAUGAAGGAGUAAAUCUUGAUGCCCUUAACAUCCAGUUACUACAAGAACUAGAAGAUUUUUAGCUUUGAAAACCAUAUAUUUUAUUUAAGAGUCUUCGAUUCAUAUGAACAUUGAAGUUGGAAUGGCUUGAAAGAAUUUCAUAAAUAUAAUUUUCUGAUGAAAACAAUUGGCUGAAAUGAAGGGUGUUUAAAUGGUACUUAAAUUAGAGAAAAUGUGUAAAAAUGAAACAAUCCUUUAAUAUAAAUGGAUUAGUUUUGUUGGAGUGGAGUAAAUAAACACUUGUUUUAAUGAAAGGAUUUUGCUUCCAUUAAUUUAAACAAAAUUCUUUAUUUGUAAGAGUCAUUUUUUUGUGUAAAUAAAUUUAAAAAACGAACCUUAUGAUUUUAUUACUGCUUAGUAGUAUCAUUUGACACAAACUAAAUAUAUGAUUGUUUCAGAUGGUCUCGGAUCAAAACUUGUUUCAAAUGAUCUAGGAGCAAAACUUACAAGCCUUUAAGUUCUCCCCCACCAAUUUUAUUUGUUUUCUAAAUAUUUAAAGUAUUUACUUUUCCUUGCAGACAAGAGCUAAAGUAUUUAUCAAUGUACAAAAUUUCUCAGAAGUGUUUAUUUACAUCACUCCAAUAUCUGCAACGUUGUGAUAAGUUGUCAUGCAUUUUCAUUUAAGACAUAAGGUGGUGAAACAUGUAGGUCCAAUGUAGCUACAAGGUAUGUAAUUUGUUUUCUAUAUACAAUAAAUGAUAUUUAAUUAGGAAAUUUGUGAUAGUGAUUGUAUAGUAGUCUUUAACAGACAAAUUUACUGACACCAACUUCCCAUACCAUUAUUUUUAGGGUGGAAACUAAAAGGCAAACUUGAUUAUUAUUUUUAUAAAGAAUAAAUAAUAAAAAUAACUAACAUUUUAUAUAUUUUUUUAAGUGUAAAAAUUAUUUUAAUGAAAGAAUUUUGCUUAUUUAAACAAAAUUCUUUAUUUGUAAAAAGAGUCAUUUUUAUGUAAAUAAAUUUCAAAAAUGCA